UCGUCCCGUGACGACUCGCCGCACGUGGGGCCGUCCGAGCGCUCACGUGACUUUCUCGGCGCUCAAAUAGCGCGGCGGGAAGGCCGGCGGCCCACACGUCUUGGACUCGGCGCCAUGGAGCUCCGCGUCCUGCUCGCCUUCUGGAGCCUGCUGGCCGUCGGCGGCGGCCUGCCGCCCAUCAGCCGCGACUACAACACGCGCUGCGGCUGCCUGCGCGCCGAGACCAGGAUCAUCCCGCCGGACAGUUUGCGCAGGAUCAAGUCGGUCCCCGAGGGGCCGCACUGCACGCGGACCGAGAUCAUAGCCACCCUGGUGAGUGGCGAGCGCGUCUGCCUGGACCCUCGGUCGUGGUGGGUGAAGAAGCUGCUUCACUUUGUCCUCGAGAAGCAGCUGCGUCGGCGGCCCGCCGUCAUUUCCCGGAGGCCUGCGUGAGGGGCCGGCUUGCUUUUGUGAAGAUCCACGCGACUCAUCAAAAGUUAGACAGCAUACCAGAAAGAUCGUCGAGCAAUCGUUGCGAUUUUUAUUCGCCGGCAGGAGCUCAAAUUAAAAACAAAAAAACUAAAGUGUUGAAAGUGAGAA